CAAGAGUGUGCAGUUCAGCACGAUGAGUGCGCACGAGAUAAUGAAGAGCGCGGAGGUGCAGAUAUCAGAGAGGAGUCUGUACCAGCUGCCAGAGCGCAAGCCCACGCCCUUUGGCGUGCUCGACCCUCGCCUCGGAACGACGAGCAAGAAGGGGGAGUGCUCGACGUGUAACGGCACGCUGCAGGACUGUGCGGGGCACUUUGGGUACAUCAGGCUGGAGCUGCCGGUGUACCACAUGGGGUACUUCAAAGUCAUCCUCCUCGUCAUGCAGUGCAUCUGCAAGAACUGUGGGCGGAUUCUGCUGAGCGACGAGGAGCGGCGGCAGUGGCUGAAGAAGUUCCGGCACCCACGGGUGGAGGUGCUGCAGAAGAAGGCCAUGGUGAAGCGCGUUUCAGAGCGGUGCAAACGCACCAGGAUGUGCCACUACUGCGGAGACCACAACGGCACUGUGAAGAAGCUGACUGGCACGCUGAAGCUCUCUCACGACAAGUUUGGCAAGGAUAUGGACGCCAAGGGCACGGUGAAGAAGCUAACGGAAACACUCAAGCUGUCCCACGACAAGUAUGGCAAGAACAUGGACGCCAAGGACGAGGCGAUGGCAGUGCACGGCACGCUCAAGCUGUCCCACGACAAGUACGGCAAGGAUAUGGACGCCAAGGAUGAGGCGAUGGCAGUGCACAGUUGCACGCUGAAACUGUCUCACGACAAGUACGGCAAGGAUAUGGAUGCCAAGGACGACGUGGUGCGGCGCAUGGAGGCAGCGGUGGAGGUGAACAAGGAGAUAGCGCAGCACUCGAGCAAGGUGGCGGAUGACCUCAACCCCGUGCGCGUGCUGUGGCUGAUGGAGCGGAUGCUGGAUGAGGACUGUGAGCUUCUGGAUCUCUACUAUCGCCCCGAGCGUCUCAUAGUAACACACCUCUCAGUGCCCCCGGUGGCCAUCCGGCCGUCCGUGGUGAUGGAGUCAGCAGCAGGGAGCAACGAGGACGAUGCCACCAUGAAGCUGGCGGUGAUCAUAGAGGUCAACAGCGCGCUUCGAUUGGGCAUUCAGAAGGGGCUGCCCAUGCCCAACCUCGUGGAGAACUGGGACUUCCUUCAGCUGCAAGUGGGGCUCUACAUCAACUCGGAGCUCCCAGGCCUGCCGCUGGCAGCGCAGCCAACGAAGCCGACGCGGGGGUUCGUGCAGCGGCUGAAGGGCAAGCAGGGGCGCUUCCGACAGAACCUGUCGGGCAAGCGCGUGGACUUCAGCGGCCGUACCGUCAUCUCCCCCGACCCUAAUCUCAAGAUCUCCGAGGUGGCAGUACCCAUGCACAUGGCGCAGCUGCUGACAUUCCCCGAGGCGGUGAGUCGGCACAACAUCCACAAGCUGCGGCAGCUGGUCAUCAACGGCACCGCCAAGUACCCCGGCGCUAACUUUGUACUCUACCCCAACGGCAACAAGUGGUUUCUCAAGUAUGGAGAUCGCAGGCGAGUGGCAGCAGAGCUCAAGUACGGGGACAUAGUGGAGAGGCACCUGGAGGAUGGCGACAUGGUGUUGUUCAACCGCCAGCCCAGCCUGCAUCGCAUGUCCAUCAUGUGCCAUCGGGCGCGGGUGAUGCCAUGGAAGACACUACGUUUCAAUGAGAGUGUGUGCAAUCCGUACAACGCGGAUUUCGACGGUGACGAGAUGAACAUGCAUGUGCCUCAGACCGAGGAGGCCAGGACUGAGGCGCUGCUGCUCAUGGGGGUGGAGAACAACCUGUGCACGCCCAAGAAUGGGGAAAUCCUCGUGGCCUCCACUCAGGACUUUCUCACCUCCGCCUUCCUCAUCACCCGCCGAGACACCUUCUAUGAUCGAGCCUCCUUCUGCCUGCUGUGCUCGUACAUGACGGACGGGGCCAUGCAAGUGGACAUCCCCACGCCCGCACUGCUCAAGCCCAUCGAGCUCUGGACGGGAAAGCAGCUGAUCGGCGUGCUCGUGCGCCCCUCCGCGCACGACCGCAUCUUUGUCACGCUCGGCGUGCCCGAGAAGACCUACACCAAGAAGGGCGGGCCCUUCUGCGUGAAUGAUGGGUUCGUGUUCUUCCGCAACAGCGAGCUGCUCUCGGGGCAGCUGGGGAAGGCCACUCUAGGCAACGGCAGCAAGCAGGGGCUGUUCGCGCUGCUCAUGCGCGAGUACUCGGCUCAAGUGGCUGCCGUUUGCAUGAACCGACUCGCCAAGCUCAGUGCGAGGUGGAUAGGCAACCACGGCUUUUCCAUCGGCAUAGACGAUGUGCAGCCGUCCAAGCAUCUGUACGCGGAGAAGCAGAGGGCCGUGGAGGAGGGGUACGACGCCAGCCUGCGGCACAUCCAGGCGUUCAACGAGGGCCGGCUGACGCUGCAGCCCGGGUGCAACCCGGCUCAGACUCUCGAGGCGAAUAUUACCGGCGAGCUGAACCGGAUUCGAGAGGAAGCCGGGAAGGUGUGUCUGCGGGAGCUGCAUUGGCGCAACAGUCCGCUCAUCAUGUCCCAGUGCGGGUCCAAGGGGUCGCCCAUCAACAUAUCGCAGAUGGUGGCCUGUGUGGGCCAGCAGUCCGUGGGCGGCAAGCGCGCGCCCAAUGGGUUCCUGCACCGUUCCCUGCCGCACUUCCCCCGCCACGACCGCUCGCCCCAGGCGAAGGGCUUUGUGGCAAACUCAUUCUACAGCGGACUCACACCCACCGAGUUUGUGUUCCACACCAUGGGAGGCCGAGAGGGUCUCGUUGACACUGCUGUGAAAACAGCAGAGACGGGGUACAUGUCACGGCGGCUGAUGAAGGCGCUGGAGGAUCUGUCAGUGGCGUAUGACGGCACGGUGCGGAACGCGAGUGGAGGCAUCGUGCAGAUGCGGUAUGGUGAUGAUGGCAUGGACCCCGCCCACAUGGAGGGGAGUGACGGAGGGGCUCUGAAUUUGGACCGCACAUUCACCACGUGCCAGGCCCUACGCCCCAUGCGCAGCGACCCCCCGCUCUUCCCCGACGAGAUGCGCGCGCACAUGCAGACAAGAUUCGCCGCCCCAGAGUAUGCCGACCCAGAGUCAGAGGGCGGCUGCUCCACUCGGUUCCGAGACUCGGUACUCGGCUUUCUGGACAAGCAGCUGGGGGCGAUCGAGGGGACAAGGCGGCGACUAGGGAUACCGGUUACCAAGGAGGAGGCGGAGAGAGGAGGGAGGGAGGGAGAAGGGGAGGGAGGGAGGGGGGAGGGGGAGGGGGAUGCUAUGGAGGUGGAGGGGAAGGAUGGGAAGGAGGGGGAGGCGAGUGUGGGUACUGGGAAAGCGGAGGGGGAGGGGGAGGGGAAAGGGGACGGGGAGCGAGAAGGCGAGGGGAAGAAGGAGGUGUUGGAGAGAGGGGUGGCCGAGAAGGUGGCUCGGAACCUGUGUGGGGUGACAGCCAAGCAACUGCAGCUAUUCCUGGACACAUGCAUUUGCCGCUACCAGUCAAAGCGCAUGGAGCCGGGCACAGCAGUGGGGGCCAUCGGGGCACAAUCCAUCGGCGAGCCGGGCACACAGAUGACUCUCAAGACCUUCCAUUUCGCCGGUGUUGCUUCCAUGAACGUGACCCUGGGAGUGCCGCGAAUCAAGGAGAUCAUCAACGCAGCCAAGAACAUCAGCACGCCCAUCGUGACAGUCAAGCUGGAGACGGACAACGAUGUCAAGGCCGCGCGCAUUGUGAAGGGCCGCAUCGAGAAGACGACGCUGGGGGAGGUGGUGAAGAGCAUGAAAACCGUGCUCACUCCCAGCCAGGCUAUGCUCUCAAUCCGCCUGGACAUGCAUCGAAUCAGCGCUCUCCAGCUCCACAUCACUGCCUACACCGUGGCCGACGCCAUCACAACGGCAUCGCGCCUCCGCAUGAAGCUGAAGGCGCAGCACAUCCGCGUGGUGAGCGCGGACAAGCUGCUCGUGUACUCGCCCGAGCAGGACCGCCGCCAGCUGCUCUUCUCGCUGCACAGCCUGCGGAAGAAGCUGCCGCAAGUGAUGGUCAAGGGCAUCGCGAGUGUUGAAAGGGCUGUUAUUAACGACCUGGGCGGAGGGAAAUACAACCUGCUGGUGGAAGGGACCAACUUCGGAGCAGUAUUGGGGAUAACAGGAGUGGAUGGGUGCAAGACAAAGAGCAAUCACGUGAUGGAGGUGGAGAGUGUGUUGGGGAUAGAGGCUGCGCGGUAUGCCAUCAUGCACGAGAUCAACUACACCAUGGGGUCGCACGGCAUGACCAUCGACCCCAGACACAUGAUGCUGCUCGCUGACGUCAUGACCUACAAGGGCGAGGUGUUGGGAAUCACGCGGUUUGGCAUAGCCAAGAUGAAGGACAGCGUGCUCAUGCUGGCAUCGUUCGAAAAGACAACGGACCACCUCUUUGAUGCAGCCGUGCACGGGCGCAAGGACGAGAUUGAGGGCGUGUCCGAGUGCAUCAUCAUGGGCAUCCCCAUGCCCGUUGGCACAGGGCUGUUCAAACUGAAGCAGAAGUGA